AUUCCCUCCAGUCGCCUUCGAAUUGCGCAUUUAAUAAGGUUAUGUCACAACCGGUGGCGGAGGAAGAAGUGUUUGACGCCAAUCCAGCAGGUCACAUGCUAGGAGCAGAAGGCAACGCUGCAUUGGUCGAGGUUAUUCAGGCGCGGCUGAACACCAUGAUUGGCAAAUCGUCAGGCUUUGUGGAGACUCUGCCCGCGCAGAUCCAGGCGCGCAUCCAGGCGCUGCAAGAUCUGCAGGAGAGCCAUGACGAGCACGAGAGUGAGUACCAGAAGGAGCUGAAAGCGCUGCAGGCCAAGUACGACGCCCUUUACGCGCCGCUGUAUGAGGAGCGCAAGGCGAUUGUGAACGGCGAAAAAGAAGUCCCCGCGCCAAAAGAGGCCGAGGGCAAGGCCAAGGAGGAGGAGGGGGUCCCCGCGGGCAUCCCCGAGUUCUGGCUCGGCGUCCUGCGCGCCAACCGCGUCAUCGGCGAGUCGCUGUCGGAGAAGGACGAGGAGGUGCUGAAGCACCUGACUGACAUCAGCGUUGCUGAGCUGGCGCCCGAGGCUGAUGAGGACGGCGAUGAGAUUGGCGGCUUCAAGCUCAUCUUCCACUUCUCCCCCAACCCCUUUUUCGACCAACCCACCCUGGAGAAGACGUACUACAUUUACGAGGAGGAUGGCGAGCCGAUGCUGCACCGCGCGGAGGGAACCAAGAUCGACUGGGCCACCGGCAAAAACCCCACCGUCAAGGUGAUGCGCAAGAAGGCCAAGCCCGGCAAGGGCGGCCGCGGAACAGCGCCCAAGAUGCUCACGAAGCUCGAGCCCGUGCCCUCCUUCUUCAACUUCUUCACUCCUCCCCAGGAGCCUGAAGAGGAUGAGGAGAUUGAUGAGGAGGAUUUAGAGGAGCUGCGCAACGCCCUCGAGGAGGACUUUGAGAUCGGGGAGACGAUCCGCACUCGCAUAAUUCCCCACGCGGUCAAGUGGUACACGGGGGAGGCGAAUGAGGAUGACGAGGACGAUGACGAGGAUGAUGACGAGGACGAUGACGUCGACGAAGACGACGAUGAGGACGAUGACGAGGACGAUGACGAGGAUGCGGCUGAUGAGAAGGAGAUCAAGCAGGCGCUCAAGGGCGGUGAGGGAGAUAAGGGCGAGAAGCCUCCGGAGUGCAAGCAACAAUGAGCCCGGUCAAGCAGGAAAAUUCCAGGUGUCUAAAACAAGGACCAUAUGGCCUGUGGACGAGAGAGGGAGCUGACAGGGAAAAGCUUUGCAGCAGAAAAUUAAGCUGACUUAAUAUUUGCCAGUUCAUUGUUCCAGGCAAAGCGGGUGCCAGCAGGGUGCCUCUAAGCAGUACAUAAGUGUGUUUGUUUUAUUGCAAGCGGGGCCGGGGUUGCAAGUAAACAACAUGGGGUUUCUUGCGCAAAUUUGAGGACAGGAAACGGAUCGGUUGAUUCCAUUGUAUGCAGGAAGUAGUGCCUGUGAGCGUGCAAUUGAGACACUAGCAAUGCUUUUGAUUAGUAUUGGGCUUGAAGUGACUCCAGGAUCACCUCCCAAUUUAAAUUAUGAUCAAGAACAUCAUAGUGUAAUACAUGCACAGCGGC